AUGGAGAUUCCAAUAGAAGUGAAAGAAGCGGUAAAGGUGAAUUUCGAGGACAAAGUUAUUGAGUCUAAUUUGGUUAGAUCUUCUUUAGAUGGUCUUGAUUUUAUCUCUUUGAGUUUGGAAGAUAGUAUUUCUCUUGAGGCUCCUUUUUCGGAAGAGGAAAUUAAGGAAGCGGUGUGGAGUUGUGAUUUCAUUGGUAUGUCUCUUCUUUUUAUUAAAAGAUAUUGGUAUUUCAAUGGUAAGGAUAUUGUUGCUUGUUUUAGAGAUUUUCAUGUCGGAGCGGUAUUAUCUAAAUCUAUUACGUCUUAUUUUCUUUCUCUAAUCUCAAAGGUCUCUAAUCCUUUGGGUUUGGAUGAUAAUCGUCCUAUUUGCUUGGUGGGGAGUAUUUAUAAAAUCAUCUCUAAAUUGCUGGCUAGUAGGAUUAAGAAAGUAUUGUCGUCGGUCAUCUCUAAUUGUAAAAGUGAUUUUGUCUCGGGUAGGCAAAUGAUUGAUAGUGUUCUAGUGGUAAAUGAAAUAGUGGAUUACGCUUCUAAGGAAGGAAAGGAAUGUCUUAUGUUCAAAGGAGAUUUUGAAAAAGUAUAUGAUAAAGUUAUUUGA